AUGUCAGAAAAAGGCCAGGAUGUCAUCCACUUCGACGAGCCCAAUGGCAACUUCGACCGCACAUGGAGAGAGGAACAGUGGGGAUCCAAGAAGCUGAGUGCUGCGGCUCAGGAUGUGGCCAAAGACGAGAAGGACAUGACAAUCCGCCAGGCUAUCAAGGUCUACAAGAAAGCCAUCAUUUGGAGCUUGGUCAUUUCAACCUGUGUCAUCAUGGAGGGAUAUGAUACAAAUCUUUUGGGCAACUUUUAUGCAUACCCAUCAUUCCAGAAAAAGUACGGUGACUGGGUCGGCGUCACGAAACAGACGCCUACUGGUUAUUCGCUCACUGCCGGUUGGCAGUCUGGUCUUGGGCAAGGCAGUGGCUGUGGUUCAAUCUUGGGUACAAUCAUAAACGGGUGGCUGGUCACAGCGUUUGGUCCUCGCAAUGUCCUGCUGUGCACCCUUUGUGUCAUGACCUGCUUCCUUUUCAUCGUUUUCUUCGCGCCCAGCAAGGAAGUCCUCCUUGUGGGAGAGAUUUUACUCGGGUUCGAAUGGGGAAUCUUUGCCACCACAGCACCCGCGUACGCGUCGGAGGUUCUCCCGCUCCAGCUCCGCGUCUUCUUCACCUCGUACGUGAACAUGUGUUUUAUCAUCGGCCAGUUCAUCUCCGGGGGCAUCCUGCGUGGGCUUGUCAGCAGAAACGACCAGUGGGGAUACAGGAUCCCCUUUGCGAUUCAAUGGAUCUGGCCCGCGUUCCUCAUCCCUUUGAUCUGGUUCGCUCCAGAGUCGCCCUAUCAUCUUGUUCGCCACAACAGGCUCGAAGAGGCAGAGAGGUCUAUCCGCAGACUGCAGGCCGCUGGUCCCGAUUUGGAUCCCAAGAGAACUCUGGCAACCAUUGUCUACACGAACAACUUGGAGGAGCAACUCGCCGUGGGUACCUCGUAUUUCGAUUGUUUCCGAGGGUUUGAGAGACGUCGAACAGAGAUUGCCUGCGUCGUCUUUGGUGGCCAGCUUGUGUGUGGUCUCUGCUUUGCUUAUGCGUCGACAUAUUUCUUUCAACAAGUGGGCUUGGACAUGAAGGCAGCUUAUUCUUUGGGCGUUGGUGCUAAUGGCCUUGCUCUGUUGGCUUGCUUCGCCAAUUGGUUCUUGCUCAUGCCAUACUUCGGCCGCCGAACCGUCUAUGUCUGGGGAAUGUGCGCCAUGGCCAUCGAGUUGUGCCUCAUCGGCAUUCUCAACCCCUGGACCAAUCGUCCCUCUGUUGCUUGGACGCAAGCCGUGCUGACCUUGGUUUGGACCGUCACCUUCCAGCUCAGCGCCGGCCAGCUGGGAUGGGCUUUGCCGGCCGAGAUCGGGUCGACCAGGCUGAGACAGAAGACCGUCUGCCUCGCGCGGAACGUGUCCAACAUCACCGGCGUCAUCGGUGGCACCCUCGAGAACUUUUUCAUGAACCCCAAGGCCUGGAACUUGCAGGGCUACACUGGCUUCGUAUGGGGUGGCUGUGCUUGGCUCGUGUUCAUCUGGGCAUUCUUCAGGCUCCCAGAGACAAAGGACCGCUCGUUCCACGAACUCGACAUCCUCUUCGCCAGAAACAUCCCCGCCCGGAAAUUCAAGACGACCCAGAUCGACGAGUUCGACGAGCACGAGCAGAACCAACUCGCCGCGCGGUACUCGGUGGACGGCGGCCAGGGUCCGCCCCUGCGCCGUCCGUCCUACGUGCCCUCCGUGACCAACGUGCUGGCGAACCACGGCCGCGCCGAAGAUGCCCUGGCCCAACGCAGAGGCUCGAUCAUCGCCACACCCAACGGGUCCCGCAGGCCUUCAAUCGCCCCCGCCGUCACGGAGUAUCUGAAGACUCAUUAG